AUGUGCCUCGUCUCGCCACCACGGCGAUCGCUGAGUGCGCCCUGCACGACACUUCGUCAUGUGUGCUCUGUUUCCGCACAUGAGGACAGUGAAGGGGAAUUGCGUGCUGAGGUGGUGGAAGCUGCAUCGUCUCUUGCCAACCCUCGCUUGCGCAUAACGAGGGUGGCCUUUUUGUUCCCCUCCUGUAUCACGAGUGUCUCGUCUAGCGCCGAAAAUACAGGGGGCAGUGAGGCUUGGGAGCUUCUAUCGAACUCACGGGCGCGCGUGCAGAGUGAAAUUGGUGGUGAGCCGGUUAUUUUUGACCGCCUUAGAAUGGCAAAUUCACAAAUACAUCUUUUGAAUAGCAUGAACGGGCACACAUUGCAGAGGUGUGCUGAGCUCGAGAAAAGUAAUGUAUCACUUGGCCGUGCACUGAUGCAGGCCAUUGACGAGAACCGACAUCUGAAUGAGCGGUUGCAGAAGUGUUUGAAGGAGCUUGAUGAAAAGAAACAUUUGGUGGCGGUGCUGCAGCGAGAGUUGCAGGCUGCUCGGCAUGCGACAACCGCGCGGUAG